UGCGCGCUUUGCACUCUUAUCUCUAGCAUCUCUCGAUACAUACAUACAUGUAGCCUAGCUGCAGAUCUUGAAUAGCUAUUCUUGCCCACCAGGCCAAGAGAUUGAACCAACGACCAAUAAACUAGUAUCAACAAUGGCAUCCGACCGUCGUCGCUUCCUCCUCUCCGGCGCCGUCUUGCUCUCGGUCCUCGCCGUCGCCGCCGCCGCCCUGGAGAGCGUCAAGGACGAGUGCCAACCAGGGGUGGACUUCCCGCACAACCCGUUAGCCACCUGCCACACCUACGUGAUAAAACGGGUCUGCGGCCGCGGUCCCAGCCGGCCCAUGCUGGUGAAGGAGCGGUGCUGCCGGGAGCUGGCGGCCGUCCCGGAUCACUGCCGGUGCGAGGCGCUGCGCAUCCUCAUGGACGGGGUGCGCACGCCGGAGGGCCGCGUGGUUGAGGGACGGCUCGGUGACAGGCGUGACUGCCCGAGGGAGGAGCAGAGGACGUUCGCCGCCACGCUUGUCACGGCGGCGGAGUGCAACCUAUCGUCCGUCCAGGAGCCGGGAGUACGCUUGGUGCUACUGGCAGAUGGAUGACGAUCGAAAUGCGCCAAGGUAAUGAAGCGGAGUACUGUAUACAGAAUAAAAGUACUCGAGUGAAAACAAACUCAUAAAUAAACCUUGUGAGAUGUAUGCGUAUGAUCUAUGGUGUGGACAGUUAAAUUGUGGCCGGUUGAUGAAUAAAAAGGUUGGAACAAAUUAAA